AUGCAGAGCAUUUAUUAUACAGCUGAAGAAAAAACACGAGAAGAAAUUGAAAUAACAGUACAAAAAUUAGUAGAAUUAACGAGACAAAUGAACAAUAAUGAAUCAAAUAGUUUGGAAGUGGAAGCAGCUAUUGCUGACCUUGUUCAUACUUUCUUGUUACCCACAGUUCAACGUUUAAGUGAAAGACGUACAAUUCGUCAAUCUCAAUUGCCAUACUUAAAGGCGGCACAUGAAGCGUGUGUAUCACAAAUAGCCAAUUUAGAUAAAAAUAUUGCAUGA